AUGGGCACGAUGAUAGCGUCUUCUUUGAUGGAUGAACAAUGGAGGAAAAGUUUUCUUAUUACAACCUUUUUUGGAAUGGCUGGUGCAACCACAAUUGCAGACGCCAGGAUCCGAGAUCUCCCUAUCAUUCUAAACGAUUACAUUGCUGACCAGGAAGUUGGAAAUGUAUCCUAUGUAGUGGAAAAUGGAUAUGAGAAAUUUUCAACGUCACCAAAAAAGAUCGCAGAAAUUGUUGGUGAAUGGUUUGGUCCUAAAGCACAUGAACUCAAGACUAUGAUAGGGCUUGAUUUGAAUUUAAACUAUCACAGAUCAAUCAUAAACAUCGAAUAUUAAAACACAACAUAAAUUCAAUUUGGGCACAUAUUUGUUUAUUUCUAUUUUUUUUAAGAAGACUCAAUAAGGACAGAAGAACAAGAGGAUAACAUGAAUAAUGGUACACAAAAAUUAGUCGGAAAAAGAAAUUUAUAAAUAAAAGCAGAUGAAAAGUCAACAUACCUACGAUGUGUAAAUGAGGCUAAUUUUCGAUGUCGUUUUCGUGUUAUGCUCUAAUUUUUAUCUAUGUUUUCAAAUGAUUCCUUAUUUAAUCAUUAUACUUGAAUUCUGAAUAUGUUUUUUUGUUUGUGUGUGUAGCUUUAAGAAUCCAAUAUAUGUGUUUUAAAAAAAAACAAUAGAUCUCAGUUUACUUUUA